CUUGAUUUUGUGAGUCUUGGAUCCCUCCAUUUCUCUCUUCGUCGUCUCCGCCAUAUCCGCCACCGCAACUAGUCGCCGCCGCGAUCUAACCGCCACAUUUUCUCCAUCCCACACAGUCCCACCGCUAUUUCUUGCUUUGUUAAAUGGAGGAUUCUCCAAAUCAAACAAACGAAUUCAAUGUAGGCCAACGAGUACAUGCAUCUGGUGAUUCAACAAGAAUUGGCACAGUUAAGUAUGUGGGAAAUGUAGAAGGCUAUUCAGACACAUGGGUUGGAAUUGAUUGGGACUAUGGAGGAGGAAAACAUGAUGGAUCCAUCAAUAAUGUUCGCUAUUUUCAUGCUAAAUCUGAAAAAUCAGGUUCAUUUGUUCGUCCUAAGAAUUUGUGUAAAGGGAUUUCAUUGCUUCAAGCUCUUGAAAAAAGAUAUCGAAGUAACUCUACUAAAGAUGAAGAGGAGGAAAUGUAUGUUCUUUCAACUAGCAACAAGAAAGUUUCUAUUGAAUUAUUAGGUACAAGUGAAAUUAAUGAUAAGUUAAGUCGAUUUGAGGAGUUGACAAAUGCAUCAUUGGCAUAUAUGGGUGUUAGUUCCCCUGGAAUUCCAUGUGAACUUAGUUCUACAGUGCCGAAUAUAAAAGAACUUGAUCUGUCCGGGAACCUUCUUUCGGAGUGGAAGGAUGUUGGCAUCAUUUGUGAACAGUUACCUGCUCUGAAGGCUCUCAACUUAUCCUACAACUUAAUGUCACCAUAUAAAUCUGAGCUUCCAUUACUGAAAAGCAUCCGUGUUAUAGUUUUAAACAAUACCGGUGUAGAUUGGGAGCAGGUUGAACUGCUUAAACAGUCAUUGACAACAAUUGAAGAGCUACAUAUUAUGGGAAACAAUAUAAGCAGAAUAAUGCCUGUGUCAUCCUCUAUGGUUCAGGGAUUUGAUUCUCUGCGACUGUUGAAUUUGGAAGAUAAUUGUAUAGCUGAAUGGAGUGAAAUCAUGAAGCUUUCUCAGCUAAGAUGUUUGGAGCAGCUUUAUUUGAACAAGAAUUGUUUGAAUUCUCUCUUUUAUCCUGAUAAUGGUUGCCAGUAUUAUGAAUCCGAAGUUACUUCCUGCAAGCCCUUUCAAAAUUUGCGCUGCCUUCUGUUGGGUGACAACAACAUUAGUGAUCUAGCCUCUGUUGACUCGUUAAAUUUGUUUCCUAACUUGGUGGAUAUCAGGCUUUCUGGGAACCCAAUAACUGAUUCUACGAAAGGUGGGGUUCCAAGAUUUGUUUUGAUCGCUCGUUUAGCAAAAAUUCAGAUAUUAAAUGGGAGUGAGAUUACCUCUCGUGAAAGGAAGGACUCUGAGAUUAGGUAUGUUCGGCUUGUGAUCUCAAGGUUGCAUGCCAGUCCUGAAGAAAUCAAACAGCACCCCAGGUUUUCCGAGCUUAAGAAUUUUUAUGGAAUCGAGGAUCAAAAGCCUUUAAUUGGAGCAACUGGUGGCCCACAAGCAAUCAGCUCAGGAUUCUUGUCUAUCACUCUGAAGUGUGUUGGAGCAUCCAUGGGUGAGAAACAACCAAUGACAAAGAAGCUACCAGCAACAAUUACAGUUGGCAAGCUAAAAUUUCUAUGUGAAAGCUUUUUUAAGCUCAAGUCCAUGAAGCUAAAACUAUUUCUUCAAGAAGAGGGAUCUCCAUUGCCCAUGCUACUUGACAAUGACGCGUCAUCUCUUAUGGACCACGGGGUUGGCAAUGAUUCAGUUAUCCUCGUAGAUGAAGAUAGUUGAUUAAAAUAUCCAAAAAUAAAAUAAAAUUGUGAACAGCCUUAUGGUGUAAUCUAUAUACUGUUCUGGUUAGCGCGAUUAAUCUCAUAUGAAAGUAUGAGUUUGUAAUUGAAAAUGUAUUCUGUUAAGUAGGUCACAAGAUUUUGUUAAAUUCAUCAUUUUUUUUUUUGACUCAGUUAAAUUCAUCAUUUGAACUUCUUAUUUUUGGGAAUUUGAUGUACUAUAUGACGGGAAUUAUUUUUUACCCCGUGCUCGCUUUAUUACAAAA